AUGGAUAACUCUUCUAGCAAAAAGCAAGAAAGCACACAAGAAACUGUAGAUUUGAUAAAGUUUAUAGAAGAUUCAGGACUACAGAACCAGGGCACUAAUUACAAUGUUGUUGCAGUUUUAGGAAGCCAAUCUACAGGAAAAAGUACACUGUUGAACAAACUUUUUUCAACAUGUUUUAGGAUUAUGGACUCAUCUGUAAGAAAACAGACAACAAAAGGAGUAUGGCUUUCUAAAUCAUGCAAUGCUGAUAUUUUAAUUAUGGAUGUGGAGGGCAUGGAUGGACGAGAGCGAGGAGAUGAUCAAGACUUUGAAAGAAAAUCCGCUCUUUUUGCACUAGCAAUUAGUGAUGUGAUUAUUAUUAAUCUAUGGGAACACCAAAUUGGAUUAUAUCAAGGUGCAAAUAUGGGUUUGCUAAAAAUUAUUUUUGAAGUAAACCUUCAAUUGUUUCAUAAAAAUAGAUCUAGAAAUGAAGAAAAUUCUCUUAUAUUAUUUGUGGUUAGAGAUUAUGUAGGAACAACACCUUUGGAAAAUUUAUCUAGUAUUUUAAGGGCUGAUCUAGAACGUAUCUGGAAUUUGCUGACAAAGCCUGAAAAUUUAGAAAAUUGUACAAUUGACGAUUUUUUUGACCUUCAAUUUACUGCUCUUUCUCAUAAAAUGUUAGCACCAGAUGUUUUUGAACAAGAUAUUUUAGAAUUACAAAAAAGAUUCUUCAAUCCUUCUGACCCUAAUUUUGUAUUUCAUUCUAAAUAUUAUAAAAGAGUCCCAGCUGAUGGAUUUUCUGUGUACGUUAAAGGAAUAUGGGAACAGAUUAUUACGAAUAAAGAUCUUGAUUUACCAACUCAGCAGCAACUUUUAGCUCAAUAUCGAUGUGAUGAAAUUUCUGAAGUAGUACUUGAAACAAUAGAGCCUAUGGUUAAAUCUUUGGAGAAAUCUAUGAAUUUAGAAAAGUUUCUUGAUAAUUUAGAUGAAGAAAUGAGGAAAAUAAAAGUAUUUGCUUUGGAAAUUUUUGAUAAAAAAGGAUCACAAUAUUAUAAUGAAAUUUAUCUUCGUAAACGCUCUGAUUUAAUAAAUAAACUUCAUUCAAGAAUGUAUAUUCUUUAUAUGACUCAAAUAGGAGCACUAUUUAAAUUAAGUAUUGCUCAAUUUAAAAAUAUUAUGAAAAGCGGACUAGAAAAACAAUAUAAAGAUUUCAAUUUCAAAGAUCUUUUAGACAAUUCUCGUUCUAUAAUAGAAGAUGAGUUUAGGUCUAGAGCAUCAAAAUGUUGUAUUGAUGGAACAGAUUGGUCAUUUAACAAAGAAUUAGAAUUACUUAGAAAAGAAAUAGACAAAAUAGCAUCUGUUUUUCAAAAAGAAGAAAUAUCUAAAUUGAUUACUAAUACUGAAAAGGACUUUAAAGUACAAUUAGAUGAACCUAUUUCUUUAAUUUUAAAGAAUCCUUGUGAUAAUAUUUGGGAUGACGUUAUUUCAAAAUAUAUUGAAACAACUAAUGAUUUUAUAAAAGUUUUUUCUCAAAAGCUUUCUAGUUUUAACGUUUUUCAAUCAGAAAACGAAAAAAAUCAAUUAGAAUUUAAGUACAAAACUUUAUAUUUCUUAAAGGAUAAAAUUAAACAAGAAAUUACAGAAGAUUCUAUUUUCCUUAUAUUAAGAGAUACUUUUGAGGAUAAAUUUAGAUUUGACAAAAACGGUGUCCCAAGAAUUUGGAAACCUAGUGAUGAUAUUAACGGAAUAUAUAAAGCUGUUCUUGAAGAUACUUUGAAAAUCAUUCCAUUAUAUUCCGAUGUUAAAUAUAAAGAUGGUUCAUAUCCUAAACUUGAAAGACCUAAGGAUGAUGAUUGUAAUCAAAAAAAGUUUUGGAAUAUCAUCUCUUUAAUCAAACAGCAACAGCUUAGUAAUAAAUUUAAACGAGUAGCAGAUGUUAUCUAUAUUGAUGCUAAACGUAGCAUUGUAGCUACAGUUACUCGAAUACCACUAUAUUUCUAUGUAUUGCUUCUGGCUCUUGGCUGGAACGAGAUUGUAAUGGUUAUACGAAAUCCUCUUUACUUUUUUUUUAUAUUUUUUUUAAUUUUUACAACAUAUAUUCUAUAUUCUUUAAAUUUAAUUAACCCUACUGAGAAAAUUAUUAAAACAAUGUUUUCUCAAGUUUUAGGAAAUUUUAAUAAACAUCUUAAUAAACACGUAGAAACGCCAGCUACUCAAUCAGUUAAUUCUAAAAACAAAAUGGAAGCUGAACAAAUUAAAUUAAAUAUUCUAUAA